UUAAAGUUGUCCAUCCCAUGUUACAAAACUGAAAUACUUGAUAAACAAGUUACUUACCCACUCCCACUCUUCAAGUAAGUUUCUUCUAUAAAAUGGUAGAAAUAAAAUGAAUGAAAAACUAGAAAGCAUAGAGAAGAAUAAGAGCACACUCACCAUUCACCACCACUUCCACAAAAACAAUGUCAAAUGCUUCUUUUCUCCUACUACUAGCUUUAUACUUGUUAAUGGUUUCCAUGUCCAUCUUUCCCACCAUAGAGGGUGCAACCAGCGAGCACCGUCUAAGGUGGGUGGCCACGACAACACCAACAUGCCAAGGCUCCAUAGAAGAGUGCAUAGAAGAUGGUGAGUUUGGAAUGGAUUCAGAGUCUCACCGGCGUAUAUUAGCAACCUCGCAAUAUAUAAGCUACAGAGCACUCCAGAGGAACACUGUGCCAUGCUCUCAUAAGGGUGCAUCUUACUACAACUGUCAGAAAGGUGCAGAAGCGAAUCCUUACAGCCGCGGCUGCACCACCAUCACCCGUUGCCGUAACACUUAAUAGAAGAAGAUCUUCAAGUUUCUUUCCACUAUUCCUCUCUAGUUAUUAUGUAUGUUUUACUUUUGAUGGUGUUUCCUCCUUUGAUUUUAGCAAGUUUAUGUAAACUUAACUGAUAUUGUUGCUCUUGUAAAUGGAUUGUCUUUUUUCAUUUGCUUCUUUCAUUGGAAAUGCUAAAAGUGAUGGAAAUAUUAAUAACUUUUAUUCAUA